AUGAAUAAACCCAGGCUUAUUCUCUUACAGGGCGACCUCAUCUGGUUCGAUCCAGGGGUCGGCUAUUCCUUACCCGGAGAAGUUGUUGAGUUUUCAAAGCCCGCCGGCGUAAUCAUAGUCCAGGCUAUAGUGGCGGGGCAACCGAAGCCGUUCACGCUUCACAAUUUAUCAGCUGUCCGACGUCGUGAGGAUCUGGGCCCCGAUGGAAUAGCUGAUAUCAUUUCCAUGAAUGAUCUGUGCGAGGCAAGCAUCCUCUGGAAUUUGAAAGUCCGUUACGACAAGCAGCAUAUCUAUACUAACAUCGGGAGAAUCCUAGUAGCCGUCAACCCGUACAAGCUAUUCGAGAUAUAUGGUGUCGAGGCGGUCAAGCGUUAUGAGGGUCAGAUUUUCGGAACUCUGCCACCACACAUCUUCGCGACCGCCUCGGCCGCCUACCAGAAGUUGAAUAAGAACGCGCUCGAAACGGAAAACCAAGUUGUCGUAAUUUCUGGUGAGAGUGGAUCCGGCAAAACUGAAUCGACGAAAUUGAUUCUACAAUACCUGGCUGCAGUCAACCGAUCGUCGAAUAAUCUGGUUACCGAACAGAUUCUCGAAGCCUCACCAUUACUCGAGGCUUUCGGGAAUGCCAAGACAGUCAAAAAUGACAAUUCCUCCCGGUUCGGAAAAUACAUGCAGGUCUUCUUCAAAGGCGGAGAGAUCACAGGAGCAAGAAUCAUCGACUACCUCCUGGAAAAGAGUCGUAUCGUCACUCAAGCUGCAGAUGAGCGGAAUUAUCACGUCUUCUACGAGCUCCUGGCAGGACUAUCAGAACAGGAGAAGGAGAAAUACGGUCUCCAAUCUGCAGAGAAAUAUUUCUAUCUCAAUCAAGGCGGCAGUGUUGCGAUCCCUACCAAAAACGACGUAGAGGAUUUCCGUUCGUUGCUCGCGGCCAUGCAAGUGCUUGGCUUGUCGAGCGAAGAGACCGAUAUACUCUUCAGGAUCCUGGCAACAGUAUUACAUCUCGGGAACGUUUAUUUCCAUCGCAAGCCUCUCAAACACGGCCAGGAGAGUGUAGAAGUCGGCAGUGAGGCCGAGAUCCGUUGGGCGUCUCACCUCCUGCAGGUCCCGAUCGAGGGCAUUCUCCUUUCCCUGACCACGAAAGCGACCGAAGCACGUGGGGAGCGUCUCCUCACUCCGCUGAAUAUCGAUCAAGCUCUCGACGCUCGUGACGCCAUUGCGAAGGCCUUGUACUCGACUCUAUUCUCGUGGCUCGUGCAUCGAAUAAAUUCGAUCGUUUUCAAGGGUCCUCGCAGAAGUUCGAUUGCCAUAUUGGAUAUAUUCGGCUUCGAAUGUCUCGCCGAGAACUCGUUCGAACAGCUAUGCAUCAACUACGCGAACGAGACUCUACAGAGCUUCUUGAACCGAUACGUUUUCAAGCUGGAACAGGCUGAAUAUUCGAAGGAACGAAUUCAAUGGACUCCUCUCGGCUAUCCGGAUAAUCUGCAGGUCAUAAACUUGAUCGCGAAGAAACCCGUCGGCAUUCUGCAUCUCCUGGACGACGAAAGUAAUUUUCCGAAAGCGAGUGACAUAUCCUACUUGGAGAAAUGUCAUUAUAAUCACGCUCUGAACGAGAUUUACUCGCGACCUCGCAUGAACUCUCUCGAGUUCGGCAUCAAGCACUUCGCUGGCCAAGUUUGGUAUUCAGUGGAUGGAUUUCUCGACAAGAACCGCGACACCCUCAGGCCGGAUGUGACAGAGCUGCUCAUCGCCUCCAAAAUUCAGAUGCUAUCGAAAAUGUUCCUCCAUCGACGUGAGCAGCUCGAUCCGAAACCUCGACACGACGGACGUUUCGUCACUAUGAAGCCCCGAGCCCCCACUGUAGCGGCUAGAUUCCAUGACUCACUUCAGGCGCUCGUAGAACAGAUGUCUCAAUGUAAUCCUUGGUUCAUAAGAUGCCUGAAACCCAACACAGAAAAGACAGCCAUGAAAUUCGACAUGCCUCUCGUCCUCGAGCAAAUUCGUUACUCCGGCCUCAUAGACACUGUCAAAAUAAGGAAAAUCGGAUACCCGAUCCGCUUCAAGUUCUUGCAAUUCGUUGACCGAUACCGGUGCCUUCUCGCCGAUGAAAUCGAUCGUACGGCGUCGCCUCGCGAUGUUUGCCACAGAAUCCUGGAGCAGUUCUCUUCGGAAGAAAAUCAGUAUCAGCUGGGCAAUACAAAGGUGUUCCUGCGAGAGCCCCUGGAACAAAUUCUCGACCAGGCCCGAGUGGCGACCAUACGUAGUGCAAUUGUCUUGAUUCAGAAAAAUAUCCGUGGAUAUCUCGCGCACAAGCGAUACGACCGUAUGAAGGAAUCCGCAGUGAAGAUCCAAGCCACGUUCAGAGGACACCUUCAACGUCAGAGAUUCCUGCAGUUCCGACGUGGUGUAGUCCGUGUACAAGCGAAUUGGCGAAUGAUCCGCGCCAAGAGAGAAUAUUCUCGGCUGCGUCAGGUUGCGGCAGCCAGAAGGGAACAGGAGAAGAAACUGCAAGAAGCCGAAAGGGAGCGCCGGAGCCACGAAGACCGGGAGCGUGAGAAGAGGGAGCGCGCAACCUUCCAACAUCUCGAAAUUCCUGCCGAACUUGGAGUGGCUCUAUCGAGAGCAGACGAAUGGCAAUGCGCUCAAACUGAGCGUAACAUCGUCAAGGCAAACGAGCGGCCACAGCGACGUCCGCGCCGAGUACCCACUCUGCCGGCAGACAUCGACAGCCAUAUGUUCACGAAGUUCACAAACAUUUACUUCAAGAACCAUCAAUGGGGACUGAAGAAAGAACCCAUCAAGAGCCCCUUCCUCGCGAAAUCUAACGAGCAGGAUAGCAUAGAGGCCGUGGCCCUCUUCAAAUUGAUUCUACGCUUCAUGUACGAUCCGAAUCUCAGUGGUAAUGAGGAGAGACUGGUUGGAGACUAUCUCGUUCAACGAGGUCUAGCUCGACCUUCGCUGAGAGAUGAAAUCUAUUGUCAAUUGGCGACGCAGACCUACAACAAUCCCGAUGCGGCUUCCCGCAAUCGCUGUUGGUUGCUCAUGUCGAAUUGCUUGUCCUGCUUCCCUCCAUCGCGCACACUGUACAAAUACCUCCUGAAAUAUGUCUCCGAUCAUGCUGGAGCGGACAACUAUGCUUGCCACUGUCAGCGUCUCCUCUUGCGUAUCGGUGCAAUGGACGCGAAAUUGGCUCGAACAUAUCCUCCGUGCCUCCUGGAGUGGCGCAACAACUCGAAUCGGUUCCAGAUGGGUCUCGAGGCUCUUUUCUACGAUCAACUCGACCCGUUAGACAACGUUCCCGUGAUUGAAGCCAACUCGUGGAGCACCGGACAAGCUUUCGCCGCUGAGUUGUUGCAUACGCGAGGAAUCGAAGAGACAUUCGGCUGGUCGACGGAUCUUAUCGAAGACGGUGUGACGUAUUCACUGAAUGGCUCCGAUUACCUCAUGGACUUGAUCUCGGAGACCGAGAUCGCUCCAGGUUUCGAGACCUGCAAGAGCUACUAUCUCGUAUCGGCAGAACGUCCGCGCAAGGGAAACAUGGUCUCCGACGGUCCUCACAACCCAGAUAAAUACAAUGUUUACGAGGUGGACUUCAAGGAAUUGCCACCUUUGCCUUCGAAUCCACCCCCAGCGAACAGAGGUCGUCCGAGGCUAGCUCAGAGAAACGUUCCGUCCCAGCUGCCAUCAAUGGAACGCGCAGCGCAUCACAUGAGCACCGACGCUCUCGGCAUCGGGCCACCUAUGAGCAGCGGGACCCUCAGGGAGACGUGUCCGAUGCGGAGCCGAUCAAUGGAUGACUUGCUCGAUGGGGAUCGCGAGGGUCCACUCCCUCUGUCGAAGAGAAGCGCUCUUAACGACAGAUAUUUCGAGAUGCGACGAAGUCACCAGCAGCUGACAAACCAGGACCAGGGCAGCACGAACAGCGAUCCCGACGACAACCUGUUACCGCUGAGCACCAGAUCACGCCUGAAUCAUCGCUACCUCUCCCCGAGCUCUCAGGAGGAGCACGGACUCACAGCGGGAACGGAAAUUUCAGAACUUUCCCCCGUCGCCGGAAACCGGAGUCACCCAGCGUGGCAGAAGAAACUAGGUUUGAGCGCAUCGGCCCUGAACGAUCGUUACUUCGACGGCGCGGACUGCACGCCCUCUAAAUUGGUGACCGAGAAUCACAUCGAGCCGCAGGACAAGUUUUCGGCGCGUCCCUUGGCCUCCAGGGCCGACCUGAAAUAUCCUCGACAUCCGAAGACCAAGAGAGCCGCAGGAUCUCAGAGAGGUGGUCGCGCCGGCGAAUACGUUCGCUCAUCCGCAAUGUCGGAUUGUUCGGAAGCGCCCUCUCUGGCUUCACACGUGCGGAACGUGAAGGUUCCCUCGCAUACGGCUGAUUUGGACCAGUAUCUAGACGAGCUGUUCAAUCCUGUGCUCGACCAGGACGACGGUCUGUCAGACGCGAGGUCCUUGGCUGCGAGUCUCAAGGGCAGGAACAGAGAUUUCGAUGACGACUCUCUCAUCGAAGCUAUGAGCGAUCCAGUGAGGCUCUCGAGGAAAAUCAAAGGGAUGCUGCUCGAGGACGAAGACGGUAGGCUGCGGCGAACAAUCGGCUCGAAAACUCCGGAUCCCGUGUUUCCACCGCCGAUUCCUCCUCCGAUGCCACCGACGGAUGCGCCAUUCCAAUCUAUGAUGCCGGUCAUACCACUCCUACAACCCCUGGAAGUGCAGACGGCCUCUUUGAGCUUCGAAGACGAUGAUCUCUCGUUGGCUGAAGACUCACUCGGCAUCUGUGAUCCGAUCGCUCUGAGCGCCCGCAUAAAAGGCGUCACGGACGGCAUAGGAACAUUAGAUCAGGGUGCUGCUCUCCAAGCAAAUGCUCUUUUCGGUUUCAAUCCUCAGCAGUUGCAGGGUCCCAACAGUCCAGGAAAUAACAGCGGAGCCUCCGCUGCUAACAAUAGUGGAAACACUCCGGGCUUUUAUAACGUCCCCCUGUAUAAUGUAUCAGGAAUGACGGUCCCGAUGGUCGACGCGAGCCAACUCAUCCAACAACAAGUUCUGCAACAGCAUAUGAUGCAACUCCAGCAGAGAGCCUUCCUAGCCAGCGCUGUCCAGCAGAACCUUCAGAUACAGCAACAAUUGAUGCAGCAGAGCGCCGCCCUCCAGCAGCUCUUGCAGAGCACGGUCAUAGGGGGCACGAUGUCGCCGAGCGAAGAAGGCCAGAGCCUGCAAUCAACCACUUCGGCGCCAGCGAAUCUACAGAAGAAUGUUUUUCAUCCUUCCGCAGUGAACCUUAUCAACCCGAUGAUGCUCGGUCAAAACUCGCCCGGUCAAGAUUCAUCGGCACCUCAUUCCGUACCUCCGUUACCGACCCAGCCGAGCAAAUUCAAAAAGUAUUCGCCCGAGAAAUCUUCAUCCAGUGGCGAGAACAGGAGUAAUUUCCAGAAUGUUUUGUCGGAACUCAAGAUGAAAACUGGAAGCUCGCUCCCAGAUCCCCCGUUAUCGCCCACAUCGGCGAAAAAAAGAGCAGCCGAUCUUUACGGAAGAGCUAAAACCAUUCGAAUCGGCAAAUGGCGGUGGCCGCCUCCUCGCGAUGAGAAGGGUAAUUGCGUGGCCGCCCCGGGCCAACCAACGUCGUUUAGUGAAUUCAAGAAACUGAAACGGGAGGCUAAGAAGCAAGCAAAAAAAGACGUUGGUCUCGCCGCACCCGACGACGACGAUAUCGAAGUGAGCUCCUCCGACGAUGAGCGCUACAUAAACGGCAACCCGUACAACCAGGCUCCCAAUCAUGGAAGCGACUACGUACCGAGAACGAACAAAGAUGAAAUCAUCAAAGCUUUUGAAGGACGCUCCCGACCCGAUCCUGGCUCGAUCGGGAAAAUUCGCAUCAGCAAUGAGAUGAAAUCGAAACUAGAGCAGCUUACGAUCGAUCACUCGGUGCGUUCGAAGGGUUCGUCGGCGAAAGGCCCCGUGUCAUCGAGCGGUCAUCUGGCAUCGGCGUUCAAGCUCAACGAGGAUCGAAAAAACGUAUUAGAGCGACAACUGCAAGGCUGGUCGGAUAAUCAGGGCCACAAGUGGACGGAUGGAAGAGCUACGCAGGCAUCGCGGGCCGGACAAGAAUCGGAUGCCGAAAGCUUCCAUGUCGACAAUCUCGUCAAGAACAAAAUCAGGAAAAUGGAACGCGCCUCGCAACAAAUAAACACCACGGUAUAUCACGCCAUUGAUCCGGCUUCCUCCACGCCAAUCGUCGGCACAGCUUACGGGUAUGAUGAGAACAGCUGCCCCGACUCACCGGCUCUAGUUCAGAACAAGAAGAAUCAGAGGAAUCAACUCGGCCCCCCUCCCCCACCGCCAGCGUCGAAGAACAAAAAACAUCCGGAAUAUGAAGACGUCAAACAGACGGCAGCUGCAAUAACGGCCCCUGAGCGCAGUCGACAUCCAGCACCGCAGCACAUGCAGACGAAACUGUUCCCUUUGCCUCAAACUCCUUUCUUGAUGUACACGAAGACCCGAUGGGAGCUUCGGAUUCGGAAGGAAGUAUUCUCACCGCUGGAAACGCUGGAAAACCCCAAGAAGAUUCAUCUUGUCUUUGCUCAAAUCAUCCGGGAGAUAUCCUCGGGAACGACGUUGCGGCUCACCUUACCAGAAAUCAACAAAAUACGCGCCCUCUUGUCGGAGUUCGGCAUCACUGAGAACAACGUGAACGCGACUGCUCAUAAGCUACAAACGAAGAAGGCGAUCAUCCAGCAAUGCAAAGAAUUCCCUAAUUAUUUCUCGCGUAUUUUCCCGAUUUCGGGGGGACGACAUCAUCCGAACGCUGAGAUGCUCGGGGUGUCGCAUUCCGGACUCCGUUUAUUGAAAAAAGUUUCGGAACUCAACCACGACUAUCUGGACGUCCUGGAAACGAUACCCUUCGAGGAAGUGGCCGACGUUAUUCUAGCGAAAGUGUCGACGGUCCAACUUUUGCUUCGCAAUGGAGGCUGGCUGACUCUGUACUCACCGAAAGCUCCGCACAUUCAUGCCAUUAUAGAUCAAUUUUCACAAGAGGCAUUACAAGAGACCGGUAUCGAGUUCGUUCGCGCCAUCGCUGACUAUGAAACAUCGGAGGAGAGUUUAUUGAGCUUCAGACGCGGUGACAUCAUCCGAAUCCUCAAAUCUUCUAAUGCAAAUGUGGCCAAAGGAUGGCUCUACGGAGCUCUGGAUACCGGAAAAGCUGGCUUAUUCCCUGUCGAGUACGUGACGGCUCUGCAAAGCACAGCGAAUGGCCCGAUAUCGCAGCAUCCUCAUGCUUUCUGGAAUGCUGAGCAGAACAAGGACGAAACGCGCACCCACUCAACUCGUGAGCUGAAGGGAAUGCCUCUCGAUGGACAAAAAAGAAUGCCGCUGCAGGAAUCCAACGGUGUUCCGGGCGUAACGAAUGGUCACAAUAACAACUUCACCGGCCUAUCGGAUAAUGAGAUGGAGAACAGCUUUUCCGGAGGCCGUAACAACCCGCAACCAGACUCGAGCAAGUUCUCCAUGCUCCAGUUCGCGAUGUUCAACUUCCGUGACAGCUUAGACAAGUACGACGUUCUCAGAGAUCGGGAGAACUCAAUACGCGGUAGCAUCAAGAUGUUGGAAUCAUUGAAGCAGAGCAAACAGCAGGGCAAGAAGAAAGGCAAGAAAGGCGACGACGACUCAGAUUGGACCUGGAAAGAGCUGACCGAACUGGUGAAAUUCAGCAAAUCCCCCUUGCAAAAGUCACUUCUGCCGUUGGAGUCACCCGAAUUGACUAAAGUUGCUGUGGACUGCUUUCUCCAAAUCAUGCGAUACAUGGGCGACUACCCGAUGGCGAAGGGAAACCUCGAAGUGGACAGUGUCUAUGCGGUAUUGAGUACCCUGCACAAGUAUCCGGUGCUGCACGACGAGAUCUACUGCCAAAUAAUGAAGCAGUGCACGAACAACAAGUCGUCCAGACCGGAAUCCUGCCAGAAAGGCUGGCGUUUGUUCUCCAUAAUCACCGCGUACUUCGACUGUAGUGAAAAUUUGCGUCCAUAUCUAUUCCAUUUCCUCAAUACGGCAGCCCACGAUAAGAGACGCGCCUACCAUGGAACUGCCGGCGUGUGUCUCUUGAAUCUCAGGAAAACAUUCCGAUAUGGUGGGAGGAAAAAUGUGCCGUCUAUUGAGGAGAUCGCGGCCAUCUCUGCAGGCCGAAAUUCUAAGCGCCAAAUGUACCGCUUACCGGGAGGAACAGAGCGUAUAAUCAACACGAGGUCGACAACUGUUGUGGACGAUAUUAUCGAGGAUAUAUGUUCUGUUCUUGGAGUCACAGAUUUAUUAGAGAUGGAGGAAUUCUCCCUGUAUUGCAUCGUAGAAGGAGAUCCGUUCACAAUGCCCCUGAGUAGGGAUGAGUAUAUUUUGGAUGUCACGACAGAACUCUUGAAGAACGGCCACGUGUUCUACUUGAUUUUCUGUCGAUCCGUCUGGUACUAUAAUCUGAGGUUGGACAAUCAGCUCUACAUCGAGGUGAUCUUCAACCAAGUCGCUCCCGACUACUUGGAGGGUCUGCUGUUAGUGACCGAAGGUGACGGACUAUCCGCUGCGGCUGUGGCAGACAUCGCGCACAUUGCGUCUCUUCUGCAUCGAGCGGCGGACAUGCAGCAUAUGCCGACCAAGGACGAGGUGAAGUACCUCCUGCCGAAACCCGUACUUCCGAUGAAGGAAAUCAAGCCCCCCCAAUGGGUUGAGAUGGUUCAGGCACACUGGAGCAGAAUGCUCACCAUGAGCAACACAGAGGCGAAAGCUCAAUGUCUGAACAUUCUCCAGAGAUGGGCCCUGUUCGGAAGCUGCUUUUUCGCUGUCAAAUGGAUGCGAGGCGAAAACUCGGCGGUCGAACAGAUACUGGCGCUCAACAGAGACGGUGUUCAUUUCCUCGACGUGCAGAGUCAUGAAACUGUGUGGAUGCAGCCCUUCUCUGAGAUAAUUUCUACGAGGAAGGUACAAGCGGAGGACGGGACUCUAUUCCUGGAUAUGAAAUGCGGGAAUCUCAUGCAACAGAAAAUCACGCGUAUCCAAACGGAUCAGGCUCAUGAAAUAUCGAGACUGGUCCGACAGUAUAUAAACAUAGAACACGGUCUCCAGGGCAAAGCUCAGAAACCUCCCGGCCAAAAUAUUACGUUAAGUCGCCACUGAGAGGCUCGUUGACGUAUAACUAGCGGCAGAAAUCUGGAAGGCGAGCGACUGAUCGAAACUGGUGACGGCUGCCGCCAUUUGAAUCGUCUAUUUUGCCAAUCGCGUCUAGCCACGAGCGGUCGUUCUCUGUGCUGCUUUCUCGCCAUCCCAUUCGCCGAAAUGAUUCG